AUGGUACAUUUUGUCGAAGAAGAAUUGUCUCCCACAUCGAGGCCCCUUUUACCAAGCGAUAAGUACAGGCUGAAUAAUAUGGCAUCGCCUGGUGAUGAUGGUAAUAUCAGCCCAACGGACUUCCAAAGAAGGUCAUCUUCGAAUCGAAAUAUGUAUGACCUAUUUAUUUCGAAGUCAAAUCCAACUGUAUCAAAGGCUUUAACCGAUACUGAUAAUUUUAUAGAGGAUUUUAAUAGGAAACAGAAAAAACCUGAAUCAAAUGAUAAAGAAGUGGAAGAACGAGGAGAACAAGGAUGGGAGAUAAAAGAAAAAAAGCAUCGUCGUGAUGAUUCGAUUGAAGAUAUCAGUGAUACUACUCAUGAUGAUUCUGUCUCUUCAGAUCUUGACAACUAUCAUGGUAUGUCGCUGGAUCCUAGUAUGAAGAAGAAAAAUGAAGAAUGGGCUGAAAAAGGUGCAGCAAAAAUUGUUAAAGAAGUGACUGAUCCGAAGACUGGCGAGAAAACGAAAAAAAUCAUCAAAAAGGGCAUCAAAGAUUUCAAGUUUGGUGAAAUGUUAGGGGAUGGUGCUUAUUCUACUGUUAUGUUAGCUACUUCUAUUGAUUCCAAAAAACAAUAUGCAGUUAAAGUCUUGAACAAAGAGUAUCUAAUAAAACAAAAGAAGGUGAAAUACGUUAAUAUCGAGAAAAAUGCAUUACAAAGGAUCAAUAACUCAAAAAUGAUAGUUAAACUUUUCUUUACAUUUCAAGAUGAGUCAAGUUUGUAUUUUCUUUUGGAAUAUUGUCCUAACGGGGAUUUCCUGUCUCUCAUGAAAAAAUAUGGAUCUUUAAAUGAAACUGUGGCUUGUUACUAUAGUGCUCAAGUUAUUGAUGCAAUAGAUUAUUUACACACAAAUGGUAUAAUUCACAGAGAUAUCAAACCUGAAAAUAUUCUAUUAGACAAAGAGUUUAAGAUCAAAUUAACAGAUUUCGGUACAGCCAAAAUUUUGGAUUCAAGUACUAACAAUAAGUUUGAUCUUUUGACAAGAUCAAAGUCUUUUGUUGGAACCGCUGAAUAUGUCGCGCCAGAAUUAUUGAACGACAGUUUUGUUGACUAUCGAUGUGAUGUCUGGGCAUUUGGCUGUAUACUAUAUCAAAUGAUCGCGGGCAAACCUCCCUUCAAAGCAACUAACGAGUACCUAACUUUCCAGAAAGUGAUGAAAGUACAAUAUGCUUUUACGGCAGGGUUCCCACUGAUUAUUAGAGAUCUUGUAAAAAAAAUUCUAGUAAAAGAUUUGAAUCAAAGACCAUCAAUUUCGCAAAUUGAAAAGCAUCAUUUCUUUAGGGAGAAAAACUUUCAGAACGGUUCUGUUUGGUCAGAUCCCGUACCUGAAAUAUCUGGCUUCAAAAUUAGUGCAAAAUCAAUGCAACCAAUCCCUGAACUCAAUAAACGCAAUAAUGUCACCUAUAAUCAAUUGAAAAAAACCCACCAAAUUACUUCUACGGGGAGUACAACCUCUUCAAAAGCCUCUACCACGGGGAAUCAAGAUACGGCAAACACUGACAGCAACCAAGCCACCGACUACGUCAAGAGACCACCUGAUGAGAGAACAGCAGCUAUCUUGGAGAACGCAAGGAGAAAUAUCAACAGUAGGCGUGAGAAGUUUGGUAGCAAUCGAUCUGUAUCAAGCGUAAAUGUAUCAGGAGCUACCGUAGCUGCAAGUGCUGCUCUAAAUAAAAAAAAUCAUCCGAAUACAAAUACUACACCAUCUUCUUCGAACUCCAAUGUUUCAUCUGCAUCAAGUAUUCCAAAACCUCAUUUGAAACAUAUUACAACAAGCAAAUCACCAAAUGUCAAUACUAGCAAUGCAUCAACUCCUCCUUCUCCAUUAGUCAAUGAUUACUUUCAACAAAAGACAGCUAGUAAUCGCUCAACUGGCAAUUUGAAUAUAAAGAGACGUGUCGUUACUGAUCUUCCACCGUUGCCAAAACGAAGUAGUGAGUCUGACUCUAGGAACGACCCAAACUCAAACUCAAAUUCUAAUAUCACUUCAACUGGAAGUGUAAUUGUACCAAGUGCGACAGCAGCUUCAAGCUUAAUAACUCCUACUUCAUUGGAUGAAACCGAAAGGGAAUUCGUACCUUUCUUGGUGGCCAACGAAAACAUUCUGAUAUAUCAUGAAUUCAAUCUCUGCUCUAUCGAAAAUACUCUGUUGGAAAAGAGAAUAAAUAAAUGCAAUAGAUAUCUGAUCGACCCACAACCUUUCAGUACGGUGAGGUCAACACUUUUAUCACAAGUUGCAAGAAACGGUGGUGACAUAACAGGGUUCAGAUCAGAUUCGCACUCAUCUGAAACCGAUUUUUACAAAAUGAACGUAAUUAACUAUGAGCAUAUAUCUGAGGACUACAAGACGUACAAUGGGGACUUUACUAGUUUAUGUUAUGAUGACGACCUUAACAGUCAAACCCUUGAAGAGAAAUUUCACAGCGACGGUUCAGUUGCUAACAUCAAUAACAAUAACACAGUAUUUUCUGAUAAAUUCAAGAAGCUAUUCCAUCAUACAAAACAAGCUGAAUUUAGUACUCAAAAUCAGCAUGCUCAAGAAACUUUCAACAAGAGAAUGGUUGUCAUCACUACGUUUGGUCGUUUGUUAAUUCUACUGAAAAGAAAAAUUAACGCGGAGAAUGACAGGACAUUUGAUCUAUAUUAUGAUAUUGACCUAUGCCACAGUGGACUCAACAUCAAGGAGAUUUCGAUGUUCAGAAAGGAAAAUGAUUUAAUUGUACUACAGACCCCAUACAAAUCUUUCCUUUUAUUUGACUCUUUUGGUUCAGUUAGCAACGAAGAAAAAACUGGUGCUGAUUCAUGGUUUACUGUUUUGCGAAAAAGUAUAAGACUCGGAAAAAAGAAUAAGCCAAGAUCAUCUCAUGCACACCACCAACCCCUAUCAGCCCCCACAACACCUAGGGAUUACCCUUCUAGUGCUAAGCAAAAUAGUCCGUCAACGCUUAGAGAAGCUUCCUCGCCUCCUGUAUCACCAAUAUUGCCAACACCAAAGCUUACUUCAUUUUCAAAAUCUAUAAAUACAUCGAAGUCUAACAGAACUAGUAGGAUCUUCGAUUCAUAUGUUCACUCAAAAGAAAAAUCAUUCAAAAAACCUAUUUAUCCUAUACCGGCAUCAUCUAAAUUAAUUAAUGGAUUACCAAGUACCACUGCUUCGAGUAUUCUAGGGUUAGGCUUAAGUGGAAGUAGUAAAAAUAAUAACAACGCUAGUAAGUCUGGCGGCUUUUCCAAAAUUAACUCGAGGAAAUAA